UAGACUUUUAACUUCUGGAUUUUUAGCAACUGAGAGGAAAUUAAACACAACAACACUACAGGAAAAGAGAGGAAUAAAGUUAUUAGGGUUAAAAAGGAAAAAAGAAAUGGCUGAAUCUUCACCACAACCAAGACAAGGCAGAAGACAGAGUAUGGAUAAUCCAGACUCGUUUGGUUGUGAGUCCAGCAGUCCUCUGUCUGAAGAUCAGUUCCAAUGUUCUAUCUGUCUGGACGUGUUCACUGAUCCAGUUUCUACUCCAUGUGGACACAACUUCUGUAAAUCCUGCCUCACUCAGUACUGGAACAGCACUCAGCACUGUCACUGUCCUUUAUGUAAAGAGAAAUUCACCAAGAGACCUGAACUGAAGAUCAAUACAACACUGAGAGAGGUUGCAGAUCACUUCAAGAAGAAAAGUGUUCUAGAUAAACCUGAGGUUCUCUGUGACAUCUGCACUGGAGAGAAGCUGAAGGCCUUCAAGUCCUGUCUGAAUUGUGGAGCGACGUUCUGUAAAACUCAUCUGGAACCACACUCAUUCGGGACACUUAAGAAUCACAAGCUAAUUGAUCCAGUGGAGAACCUGGAGGACUACAUCUGCCAGAAGCACGAAAGACCCCUGGAGCUGUUCUGUAGAGAUGAUCAGAUGUGUGUGUGUCGGUUCUGCACUGAAACUGACCACAAGAAUCACAACACUGUUCCUAUAGAGGAGGAGAGUGGAGAGAAAAAGACGCAGAUGGGGAAGACACAGACAGAGGUGCAGCAGAUGAUCCAAGACAGACUGAAGAAGAUUAAAGAGAUCAAACACUCAGCAGACAUCAGAAAAAGAAACACAGAGAAGGAGAUUUCAGACAGUGUUGAAGUCUUCACUGCUCUGAUACGCUCCAUUGAGAGAAGCCAGGCUGAGCUGCUUGAGGUGAUGGAGGAGAAGCAGAAAGCAGCAGAGAGGCAGGCUGAAGAGUUCAUUAAAGAUCUGGAGCAGGAAAUCACUGAGCUAAAGAGGAGAGACACUGAGCUGGAGCAGCUCUCACACACUGAGGAUCACCUCCACCUCCUACAGAUUUACCCAUCCCUGUGCAGACCCCCACACACCACCAACUGGACUGAUAUCAGUGCUGACCCUCAUCUGAGUGUAGAGACUGUGGGGAACGCUCUGUCUCAACUUCAGAAGAGUCUGAAUGAAGAACUCACUAAAACUAUUAAUGAGAAGAUCAGAGAAUCAGUUUCAGCAGAACUAAAGAGGAUCCAGCAGUAUGCAGUGGACGUGACUCUGGAUCCUGAUACAGCUUAUCCCAAACUCAUCCUGACUGAUGAUGGAAAACAAGUGAGACAUGGAGACAAAAAACAGAAACUUCCUGACAAUUCAAAGAGAUUUAAUACAUGUGUUAAUGUCCUGGGAAAGGAGGGAUUCUCCUCAGGGAGAUUUUACUAUGAGGUGCAGGUCAGCGGGAAGACUGACUGGGAUUUUGGAGUGGCCAGAGAGUCCAUUAACAGGAAGGGGGAAAUUACACUGAAACCACAGAAUGGAUUCUGGACUGUGUGGUUGAGGAAUGGGAAUCAGUAUAAGGCUCUUGCUGGUCCCUCAGUCCUCCUCUCCCUGAGAGAGAAGCCCCAGAAGGUGGGGGUGUUUGUGGAUUAUGAGGAGGGUCUGGUCUCCUUUUAUGAUGUGGAGGCCAGGUCUCAUAUCUAUUCUUUCACUGGUCAGUCUUUCACUGAGAAACUCUAUCCGUACUUCAGCCCUUUUCUUAACAAUGGAGGUAAAAAUGCAGCUUCACUGAUUAUAUCACCCGUGUGGAAAAUUUAAUAAGUUUUCAGCUCAAAUUAGUGUUUAUCAGAUGUCAGAAAAGAAAAGGUAUAUAUUUAAUAGCCCGAUCUCACCAUUGCUUAAUAUGGGCUGUGUAUAGAGUCCUGUUGAAAUACUUUAUUAAUGUUUUAAUAAUUUCCAAACAAACAGAACUGAACAUAUGUCAGGGAAAUACAAAACUAAAAGUACUUAAUUAUUUUGCAGUAAAUUGUAAUUAUGUUAUUAUUUGACAGAUCAUCAGCAAUCAACUAUACCAUAUACAAACACCUUAUAGGUGAAAAGAAUUACAUUGAUAAUCUGGUUUCAGUGACACCUGUUAAGAGAUAACUAUAUUAAGAAUGCUAGUGAUAAGUCAGGUCUUGAACUUGAUGUGCUGGAAGCAGAAAAUAUGGACAAACAUAAAAUUCUGAGAUACUUAGACCUGAAACAAUCUGUGAUGUCUAGACAACUGGAUCUAACAUCUCCAAAACAUCAGGCAGGUCUUGUGGGUGGUUCCUGGUAUGCAGUGAUCAUUACUGACUAGAAUUGCUCUAAGAAACUAGUUACAGGUUCAUGAGCACCUCUACGGCUCCUUGCUGUGAUCCAUGGAGGUCCCACCUCACAACUUACAGGACUUUAAGGAUCUGCUGCUAAUGUCCUGCUGCUGAUACCACAAGAUACUUUUAGAGGUCUUGUGGAGUUCAUGCCUCUACAGAUUAGAGAUUUUCUAGAAGCAUGAGGGGCGUUUACAUAAUAAUUAUACAGGUGGUUUUGAUGUUUUGACUGAUUGAUGUAAAACAUUUUUGUUAUAUGUUUUGUGCUUGC